AUGAACUUGGUUAACUUGAGACGUUAUCGAACUCCUUCCAGAUCCAGAUCAAGGGAUCGUUUCCGACGUAGCGAGACUCCUCCACAUUGGAGGCAAGAGAUGCAGAGAGCGCAGCGAAUGAGGGUGUCAAGUGGUGAAAGAUGGAUCAAAGGGGAUAAGAGUGAAUUGAAUGAAAUGAAAGAAAAUCAAAGGAGCCCAAUUAGAGUAAAGGAGAGAAAAAUAACUGAUCACAGACAUGUGUCUGAAAGUCCCAAUAGAAAAAAUGAAAAGGAAAAGAAAGUUAAAGAGCAUAAAUCUGACAGCAGAGAGAGAGAAAUCAGAAGAAAUUCAGAAAAAGAAGAUAAAUAUAAUAAAAACAAAGUGAAGAAAAGGGCCAAAUCUAAAAGUAGGAGUAAGAGCAAAGAAAAAUCAAAGAGUAAGGAAAGAGAUUCAAAACACAACAGACAUGAAGAAAAGAGAUUGAGGUCAAAGAGUAAAGAAAGGGAUCAUGAGAAUGUUAAAGACAAAGAAAAGCAACCUGAUUCUAAAGGAAAAGAUCAGGAAAGGAGUAGAAGUAAAGAGAAGUCUAAGCAACUAGAAUCAAAAAGUGAUGAGCAUGAUCAUAGUAAAAGUAAAGAAAAGGAUAGACGCGCACAGUCCCGGAGUAGAGAAUGUGACGUGACUAAAGGUAAACACAGUUACAAUAGCAGAACAAGAGAACGGAGCAGAAGUAGGGACCGCAGCAGAAGAGCACGAUCCAGGAGCCAUGACAGAGAUCGCAGCAGAAGCAAAGAAUACCACAGGUACAGAGAGGAGUACAGGAGAAGAGGGCGAUCACGAAGCCGAGAUAGAAGAGGGACACCGGGAAGAUCGAGGAGUAAAGAGAGGAGGAGGAGGAGGAGAGAGUCUCGGAGCUCGGAGAGAGAGGAAAGUCAGAGCAGAAACAAGGAAAAACAUAGAAGCCAGGAAAGCAGGAGCUCACACAGAAAAGAAAACUCUGAGAGUGAAAAAAGAAUGUACUCUAAAAAUCGUGAUCAUAACAGCUCAAGUAGUAACAGGGAGAAAAAGGCUGAUAGAGAUCAAAGUCCAUAUUCUAAAAUAAAGCAAAGCAGCCAAGACAGUGAGAAGUCCUCCACAUCAAAGAAUAAGGAGGAUGAGGAGGAGGAUGAGAAGACCAGAUCCUCAGUGGAAAACGAAAACCAAAAAUCAAAGGCUCAAGAAAAUGACCAUGUACAUGAUAAAAACAAAAAAUUUGAUCAUGAAUCAAGCCCUGGAACAGAUGAAGACAAAAGUGGAUGAGUGAGUUGUGUAAAUUUAUUUCCUUUCUGUCUCAAAAUUUAAGUUUUAGAGACUUGGCUGGUGAAUAUCCUUUAUGUUGUUUUCAUUGUUUUUGUUUUUUUUUUUUUGUUUUGUUUUUUUUAUGUCUCUUUUUGUUUUUGUUUUUUAAUGUGGACUUCAUUGAGUUGAUCUUUUGAUAAUCUGCAACCUGGAUAAUUUGUACUGGAUAAAUUUGUACUGCUAAAGUUUUAAUAAACUUGAAAUGAGAAAAACAUUUUGGUGUAACACUGUGUGCUGUGUUGAACUAUUUUAUGUAUACAUUUUUGUGUUGCAACGGUCAGCCAGCAGCAUCCUAAUUUGUUUAAUCAGUCAUUUGAAACAAGCAUAACUGAUGGUUGCACUUGUUAUGAAAGCUUGUGUUUCUUGCAGUUAACAUAACUAGGCACCGCUAGAGCAAAUUUUGUGUAGAUUUUGAUUGAAUUUAUAAUGCAGGCCUGUAGCAAUUUAAUUACACAGAAAUAGGGUCCUGAUAAUUUGAGAUCUUAAGUCAUCACUUUUGAUUUUAUAGUUACUUGUACUUUUAGAUGAAAAUUUAUUUAGUUAUCGAUCUUGUGUUUCAUACCUUCAUAAUAUUUUUCUAAUUUGUUUUAUUUGCAUGUCUAUAAAAAUGUUACAAGAAUUUUUUCAGUUAAUGUGCUGAUUGAACUUGAAUUGCUGUUACACAGCAUUUUAUAGGAAGAUCAGAGUGUAAUUCUCAGUUUUUGUUGGUUUUGGUCUGAAGAGUUGAAAUUACUGCUUAAUGAGAACAUUAUUUUAUUAUUUUUACUUUCUUUUCCUAAAAUAAAAAAAUUCUUAAUAAAGCAUACAACUUCUCCCAGUCCUUAAGCUAGACAGAUUCUAAAAAGUGUUAGUGUUAAUACAUUAACUUCUAAGAUUUCUCUUUUUUGGCCACCAACCUGUAUAGCAUUAAGUGUUAAUUCUGCAUGGUUUUUGUUUUUGUUUUUGUUUUUGUUUUUUGAAACUUGAAGUAUCUUUUCUCUCCUAGCUGUGAGUAUCAAAUGGCCAAAACAAGAAAAAAAGAACAAAACAA